UAUAAGGCCCUAGGCCCUGAGUCGCCGAGCCGUCGGAGCAGGAUCGUUGCGCGCCUGAGCGCGGGUAGCGCACGCCUCGCUCUCGGGCAACAGACACCCUGCCCCGACACAGCCAGCCCGGCAGCUCUUCCCGGUCGCCGCGAGCCCCCAGGAGGUGCCAUGCGGAGCGCGCCGAGCGGAUGUGCGUUAGCCCGCGCCCUGGUGCUGGCCAGCCUCUGGUUGGCAGUGGCCGGACGACCCCUGGCCCGGCGCUCCCUGGCUCUCUCCGACCAGGGGCCACACUUGUACUAUGGCUGGGAUCAGCCCAUCCGCCUCCGGCACCUGUACGCCGCGGGCCCCUACGGCUUCUCCAACUGUUUCCUGCGCAUCCGCCCCGACGGCGCCGUGGACUGCGAGGAGAAGCAGAGCGAGCAUAGUUUGCUGGAGAUCAGGGCGGUCGCUCUGGAGACUGUGGCCAUCAAGGACAUAAACAGCGUCCGAUACCUCUGCAUGGGCGCCGACGGCAGGAUACAGGGACUGCCUCGGUACUCGGAGGAAGAGUGCACAUUCAAGGAGGAGAUCAGCUAUGACGGCUACAACGUGUACCGGUCCCAGAAGUACCACCUUCCCGUGGUGCUCAGCAGUGCCAAGCAGCGGCAGCUGUACCAGAGCAAGGGCGUGGUUCCCCUGUCCUACUUCCUGCCCAUGCUGCCCAUGGCCUCUGCGGAGACCAGGGACCACUUGGAAUCCGAUGUGUUCUCUUUACCCCUGGAAACCGACAGCAUGGACCCGUUUGGGAUGGCCAGUGAAGUGGGCCUGAAAAGCCCCAGCUUCCAGAAGUAACCAGGGCUCCGACAGUGCCCGGUGACGAUAACCCCGUGUCCCCCUGAGUGUAGCUUUAGGAAGGAUGUUAGAUGUUGUACAUAAUCUGUGCGUCUUGCAUGGUGGCGCCGGUUUCUAGCAGAUAGACUUGCCUGA